UGUUCCUGGUGUGGGCUCAUGCUGCUUGUUGACCUAUCCUUUGAGAGCGCAAUUUGUUUACUUUCACAAACCACAGACAGUGAAAGCAAGAAGGACACAGGAAGUCAGAGAUACAUCAGCGAGGGGAUGCACCCAGUCUACUUGUGAUGUGGCUAAACUUAUUAAUCAGAGGACUGGUUUGAAUUUUGGGCAGACCAGCCAAGAGGCUGCUGGUGCCAGGCAGCGACGCAGGACCAGCCCGAGACCGGAGAGAGAAGACCUGGAGGGACUUUCCUCACCACCCACUGCCCACAAACUCUCACCCAUGUACCCUAAGGAGGAGCACAGCACGGGGGGGAUCAGUUCCUCUGUCAACUAUCUUGAUGGAGCCUAUGAGUUCCCAAACCCCACACAGACCUAUGGCACCUCGUCACCCGCCGAGCCUGCCUCGGUUGGAUACUACCCAGCUCCCCCGGACCCCCACGCGCCCCCUGCUGAAGAACAUCUGCAGACCUUAGGCACCGGAUCCGGCAGCCCUCUCAUGUUUGCACCCUCCAGCCCUCGGUUGUCCCCGUACCUGAACCAUCAUGGGGGACACCACUUGACCCACCAGGUGUCUUGCUACCUGGACAGCCCUUCUUGCACCGUCUACAGGUCCAGUGUUGUGUGUUCUCAGCAGGCAGGUGCUGGUUUGUGUGAGGAGCUGUGCAGUGUCACUGACAGACAGGAGUUGUACUCCGGAUCAAGAGCCGCAGGAGGGUUUGAUUCCGAGAAGGAGACGCGCUUCUGUGCGGUGUGCAGUGACUAUGCGUCUGGCUAUCAUUAUGGAGUGUGGUCCUGUGAGGGAUGCAAAGCUUUCUUCAAGAGAAGCUUUCAAGGUCAUAAUGACUAUGUUUGUCCGGCAACCAACCAGUGCACUAUUGACAGAAACCGCAGGAAGAGCUGCCAAGCAUGCAGACUACGCAAGUGUUAUGAAGUAGGCAUGAUGAAAGGAGGUAUUCGUAAGGACCGCGGAGGCCGCGCUAUCAGGCGUGACAGGAGAAGGAGCGGUAAUGAAGAUCGUGUCAAGAGCUACAGUGAGCAGUCUAGCCGCACCGGUCUGAGAACAGCUCCUCUGCAGGACAGGAGAAAGAGCAGCGGUGGUGUGGUCGGUGCUUUAUGCAUGCCUCCUGACCAGCUGCUGGUGUUGCUUCUGGGGGCAGAGCCGCCGGCCGUCUGCUCACGACAGAAACACAGCCGCCCAUACACCGAGAUCACCAUGAUGUCCCUGCUCACAAACAUGGCUGACAAAGAACUCGUCCACAUGAUCGCCUGGGCUAAGAAAGUCCCAGGCUUCCAGGAUCUCUCUCUGCACGAUCAGGUUCAGUUGUUGGAGAGCUCUUGGCUGGAGGUGUUGAUGAUCGGCCUCAUAUGGAGGUCUAUUCAUUCACCUGGAAAACUCAUCUUUGCUCAGGAUCUCAUCUUGGAUAGGAGUGAAGGAGAAUGUGUCGAGGGGAUGGCUGAGAUUUUCGACAUGCUCUUGGCGACUGUGGCUCGCUUCCGUAGUCUCAAACUCAAGCUGGAGGAAUUUGUAUGUCUCAAAGCCAUCAUACUUCUCAAUUCUGGUGCAUUUUCAUUCUGCUCCAGUCCAGUGGAGCCCUUGAGGGACAGCUUCAUGGUGCAGUGCAUGCUGGACAACAUCACUGAUGCCCUCAUUUACUGCAUCAGUAAAUCGGGUGCCUCGCUGCAGCUGCAGUCCCGCCGUCAGGCCCAGCUCCUGCUGCUGCUCUCAAACAUCAGACACAUGAGCAACAGAGGAAUGGAGCACUUAUACCGAAUGAAAUGUAAGAAUCGAGUCCCGCUGUAUGACCUUUUGUUGGAGAUGCUAGACGCCCAGCAAUUCCAUUCUUCAGGAAAGGUGCAGCGACUGUGGGCACAGAGUGAGAAAGACCCCCCAUCUACACUCACAACCAGCAGCAGCAGCCUCUCCAGAGGUCCUGGAGCCAUGCUGCCCAACACUGCCUCACGACCAGAGUCCAGACCCCAGACCCCUGAGCUGUGUAAUGCAAUCCAACAACUGAAGAAUGUGAAGACUGAAGCAGUCAGUGCUGUCUCUCCUUGUGCCUUAUCAAAGUCCACUUUAGAUUCUGAAAGACCCAUCUAGAAAAAUGUAAAAACAUAUCUGUAGAAAUGGACAGGUUAAGAACAAGGCUCCCAAACACUAUACAUCUGUGGUCACUUGAUUCAUUAGUUUUGAAAGACAUUUUGAAAAAGUGUCAUACUUGUAAAAAAAAAGAGAAAAAAAAAAGGUCUCUUUGGCCUUUGUGGCACGCUGAGAGACAGAUUUAUGUAGAAGCUGCUAAUUCUUCUUCUUCUUUUCUUUUAAUGACCAAUGGAGUGACAGCUUUGACGUCACAAACUUACUUAAGCUAAACAAACCAAAAAAUUCAAAGGAAAAAAAAAGAGCAGGUGGCUUGUGAAGUACUAUACAUCAUAAAGUAGCAUUUCUGACUGACAGCAGAUUUGACAGUGGAAUGUCAAUAUAACGUCACCUGUUUUUAGUACAGUAACUUAAUAAUCCUUGGUAGCUAAAGUUUAAGCUUUAGUUACCAAGGAUUAUUAAAUUACUGUAGUGGUAUGUUACCUGAAAUGUAGAAGAACCGAAGAACUUCAUAUUGCAGCAUCCGUGUUACACAUUUUUCAUGUUACUAUUAUUAUAUGCAUUAUAGCAAUAACAAUAAGUAUGUAUAAUUACAAGCAGCGCUUAAUAUAAAAAAACUGAAUAGAAAAUACUUAAUAUAAAACAAACUGAAAACAGGAGAAAAGUUACUCUUGGAAAAAAACAAGAAAAAAAUAAAAUUAUGUAAUAUAUUCUCGCAAUCAGAGAUGUAUUUAUCAAUAAAAAUCACUGCUCUAUUUUUAAUGUUAAAGAAGUAAUUUUAACUCGCAUGGGGGGGAACUGCUCAGUGAUUAGUGGUGAUAUUAGUGGCAUCUUUUUGUCCAAAGAUGUUUGCUUAUUGGUUGGUUAAUAUGACAAAAAUGUUACAUCCUAUUUUUGCUGUGUUAAAGUGCUGUAAUUGGUUUUAUGGCCAUGUUAAUUGACAUGUAAAUGCUGAUUGUUAUAAGCAUUGUGACAGCUUGAAAUGAAUAACGGCCUAUAAUCACUGGUACGCAUUCAGUGCAGGAACUGACACUGACUGCCUUACACUAGAUUGCCAUAUUUUUCCUCAAAUCUGUGAAUGUGUAUGCUCAUAGUCCAGUAGACUAGUACAUUACAUUUAUCAGCUAUUACAUUUGAUACUUGAAUGUUAUGAUUUGUACAGUAUGUUUUCAUUUUGAAGGACCUGAAUGUGAAAAUGUUAAUUUGGCUGAAUUAAUUAUAAAGGAAAGAGUACAAAAAAAAAAAAGUAACUUUAAAAUGAUACUUUUAACUUAACAUAAUGGGCAGACUAGCAGAAUUUUUAUAUAUAUAUAUAUAUAUAUAUAUAUUAAAUGAAAAGAUGUCUUUAUUGUCAGCAUUAGCAAACUGUACAUACAUAAAUAGGCAUAGACAUUGUAAUCAUGUUUUUGUCACACUGUCAUUGUCAUAACACACAAAUUAAGAUACAGUCAGUAGAUAACGGUAAUAAAAAGCACGCGUCUCUCAUAGAGCUACAUCGGUGACUGUUUUACAUUUCUGGAAGAAAAAAAAAAAAAAAGUAACUCCAUGCCAUAAAAUAAAAAUGUGAA